UUUUUUUUUCCUUUCUUCUUCUUCUUCUCUCACUCCCUCUUAAUCAACCAGCGACACCCCAUUUCUGCAUUCGUUGAGAAGCUUCGCAAUUGCCGAUUAAUUGCUCGGAAAACCGUUGCCGGUACCUUGUGUCAUCUCCCUGCAGCCCCCGGCCACCCACGAACCGCUUAGUGCGCGUACGAUAAGGGGUACAAUUUUACAAGUGACCGCGCCGAAGAUCGUUGACCCAGAUGACCAGCCCUGAUACGUGAAAUCAAGCGACUGGAUCCGUGGCUAUUCUCAACCUACAUUGACCGUCGGUGAAGGUGUUUUCCUGACCCUUGUGGCUGGUGGUUCCCCCCCGAUAUAUAUCGUGUUUGGAGCGCUCCCUUGGUGCGCCAUUCAUCGACGCCUUUUUCUACACACAAUGUCUGUGGCCACUAUGCUACAACCAGCUUCCAGGACCUCCACUUCCUCAUCCUCAUCGUUUCAACCCGUUUCCCGGCAAAACACCAUGUCUUCCCACGAUACCCGGUCGCUCCGCCAAUCCAAGCGGUUUUCAACCACGGCACUGUACCUGUCGAUGUCCGCGAAGGACAGAGACUUGGAAAUCUCGGAUGAUUUGGCGAGGGCCCAAAAGUAUCUGCGGGAAUUGAAGUCAAAGAUCUCAUCACAGUCGAAGAAGAACUUCGUCCUGGAAAAAGAUGUACGAUAUCUGGAUUCUCGGAUCGCACUACUGAUUCAGAACCGGAUGGCGCUUGAGGAGCAAAAUGAAGUUGCGAGCCACCUCGACGAAGCCAUUGACCCCCAGGAGGGCUUCUUUCCUAACGAUGAAAAGACCCAGAAAUACGGCAACCUUUUAUUCCUCCUCCAAUCUGAGCCUCGUCAUAUCGCCCACCUAUGCCGCCUUGUUUCCAUGGCUGAAAUCGACUCGCUCCUGCAGACGGUUAUGUUUACCAUCUAUGGUAAUCAGUAUGAAAGCCGUGAAGAACAUCUUCUUCUCACCAUGUUUCAGUCCGUGCUCACCUACCAGUUCGAUAAUACCCCGGAAUACUCGUCGCUCUUGCGCCAGAACACUCCCGUCUCCCGUAUGAUGACCACUUAUACGCGCCGCGGCCCGGGCCAAAGUUACUUGAAACAGGUUCUGGCCGACCAGAUCAAUCGGCUGAUCGAGUACCGUGAUGUCGAUCUGGAAAUCAAUCCGUUGAAGGUGUACGAAACGAUGGUGACGGAAUAUGAGGAGAAGCAUGGCUCGUUGCCAGCGGACCUACCUCGAUCCGUUACCGCGGAGGCUGCAGCGGAAAAUGCACAGGUUCAGGCCAUCAUAGCGCCACGCCUGAGAAAACUGACGGAAAUUGCCAAUGGAUUUCUGUCAACAAUCAUCAACUCGGUGGAAGAGACGCCCUACGGUAUCCGGUGGAUUUGCAAGCAAAUUCGUAGCUUGUCUCGACGCAAGUAUCCCGAUGCCCAGGAUCAAACCAUCUGUACCCUCAUCGGAGGCUUCUUCUUCCUUCGCUUCAUUAACCCCGCCAUUGUUACGCCGCGGUCUUACAUGUUGAUCGAAUCAACCCCGACAGAGAAGCCUCGGCGCACAUUGACGUUAAUUGCCAAGAUGCUCCAGAAUCUGGCAAACAAGCCCUCCUACGCCAAGGAGCCGUACAUGGCCAAACUCCAACCCUUCAUUCAACAGAAUAAGGAGCGUGUCAACAAAUUCAUGCUUGAUCUAUGCGAAGUUCAGGACUUUUACGAGAGCUUGGAAAUGGACAACUAUGUGGCCCUUUCCAAGCGGGACCUGGAGUUGCAAAUCACUCUUAACGAAAUGUACGCCACUCAUGCGCUUCUAGAAAAGCACAGUGCGGCUCUCACUCAAGACCAGCACUCACAUCUCCAUGAGCUCUUAAAUGAGCUAGACACGGCUCCGGCACAAGUUCCGCGCAAGGAGAACAAGACCAUCACUGUUCCCCUGUUCAGUCGAUGGGAGACAGCCUUGGAUGACUUGACCUCCGCGCUGGACAUUACCCAAGAGGAAAUAUUGUUCAUGGAAGCCAAAUCAACCUUUGUCCAAAUCCUGCGGUCUUUGCCGCCAAACUCCAUAGUCGCCCGCCGACCUCUUCGACUCGAUCGAAUCGCGGAGGCUGCGGCCACCUUGAAAAACGACGCCGUGAUGGUGCGAAAGGGUAUUCGCACCAUGGAAUUGCUGAGCCAGCUGCUAGAAAUGGGAGUCGUUGAUCGUUCGGACGAUUUCAGUCUGCUCCGAGACGAAGUCGAACAAGAGUUGGUGCAUCUGGGUUCUUUGAAAGAGAAAGUUUUGGAGGAGACCAAAAAGCUCGAGGAAGUCUUCGCAACCAUCCGUGACCAUAACGCCUAUUUGGUGGGUCAGUUGGAGACAUACAAAUCCUACCUGCACAAUGUCCGGAGCCAGUCAGAGGGAAAGCAGAGAAAACAGCAGAAACACCAAGAGCUCGGGCCAUACAAAUUUACCCACCAGCAACUUGAGAAAGAAGGCGUGAUUCGAAAGAGCAAUGUUCCAGAGAACCGACGAGCCAACAUCUACUUCAUGUUCAAGAGUCCCUUGCCAGGCACUUUUGUUAUCAGCCUGCACUACAAAGGCCGCGCCCGUGGACUUCUGGAGCUUGAUCUCAAGCUUGAUGAUUUGCUAGAGAUGCAAAAAGAUAGCCUCGAGGAUUUAGACUUGGAGUACGUGCAAUUCAAUGUAUCCAAGGUGUUGGCGCUCUUGAACAAACGAUUUGCACGCAAGAAGGGGUGGUAAGAAUCUUCUCUCGGGGAGAUCUCUGCUUCUUUCCCAUUACGACGUAUAUGAAAACGAGCAACUAGCUUGCGGGCGGAAUACCUGGGCCCAGUCCGUGGUUUUAUCAUCCACUAACCUCACGAACUACGCAUUGGCACUCAAAUAAACGGUCUGUGCAGCAACGGAAGUGUGCUAUGUUUGAGCUGUCAGUUGAAGCAAUGAUCUCCACACGGGUGCAUCUGGAUCCUCCCAUGAUUCUUUGCCCCGCUGAAAGGGUGUUGGAGAAGGAUUGAUUGACAACAUAUGAACUAUGAUCUGUUUUGGAUUUUUUUUCCUUUUCUUUUUUGUUUUGCAUGGAGAUGUGAUUGAAGGAGGACUGUAAUCUGCUAAGAAAUGGUUCCGAUAUGGAAAGACAAGUCUUCGCUGGCUCGAGGACAGUCGCCAUGACGGGGAUGAUUGGGUGGUUUGGCUUUACGUAUACCCCGUUGGAUGAAUUUGCGUGUCCUUUUGACAUUUAUUCGUUUUGGUUGUUUUCUCCAUUUGCCUCUUGGAUGAUUCUCUAUUAUUUUGCCCAGAAAUCACCUGUUAUGUCACUGUUUUCAUGUACAUCUAGCAAUCGUUCAAUCUCACGACAUGCCCCUUCAGGGAAGUGUA